UUUUGAAUUCUACACAAUUAAGUCGGCUACUCAUUGAAUUUUGUCAAGCACGUGCGUUUUACCUAUAACAAGUCGAUACACGCUACUGGUCAGAGUGUAGAAGGGAGUUUGCCGUGUUUGGGAGACGCGUAGAUCGAGCACCAACUUGUUAUGACAGGUUGCAUUCUCUCGAUGCGUCUAGUGCAUAUUACGCGUAACAUCUUACUGCUCGAGAGCUCUUUCCAAAAGUUAUAUUUCCAAUUGUUUUUCAUAUUUUUCUUUACAAAAAGGGAAAUGGGUCGAAAAGCAUGGCUGAGUGUAGAGACACGAGCAGUCAUUGUGGCAUUACACGAAGAAGGUUAUUCAACGCGAAAAAUUCCUUUUAAAUUUGAUGUUUCUCAAACUGCAGUCAUGGGAGCGUUACAAAGAAAGCGAGGUGAACCUAAACUUUUGACCGGUAGUGUAACUCCUGAAUAUGUCAUAUCUAAAUUAAUUAUAAGAGGCAUUGUGUAAUUGUAAUUUGUGAUAGGAACGACUAUGAUUAUUUAUUAUGAUUAUUGCAAAUAAUUUUGGGAUUAUAUUUUUCUUGCAUCAAGAAAGUCCAUGCAACAAUAUACAGGUAAAAAGAAAAACGUUUAAUUUUCCAUCUAGGAAACUGGAACGUCGAAACUUGACAUCGUCAUGGCAAGUACACAUUUACGAGGUUGGAGAAUGUGCGUGUUCGGAGAAAUGAGGUUUAGAGAACGCGUAUACAUGAAAGUGCCACACAAACUUGAGAGUGCUUUUAAGCGUACGUGUGAGGCACGUGUCAAGGCACUUGAAAUGUGGAAGUGUCUGUCUGAGACGUGUACCGAAAGUACCAAUUGGGAAGUGAUUUUCGUAGUUUAGUUAAAAAAAGGAAAGGAUAUAGGAUUGAAAGUAUGAAAUGCUUGCUCAUCUUUCUUUUUUUUUUUCUUUGUGUGUAUAUGUAUCUUGACUUACAGCCUAAGACUGUAAUAGUCAUAAUUCUAAAAAACAUAGCUUUAUCGAUUUUUUUUAAAGCGCUAGAUUCAUGCUGAUAGUUUCAUGAAUAUUAAUUGACAUUUUUUACAUAUUUUGGAAGAGAUCGUAAAGAAAAUACCUUUAUCAGUGAUGGUGAUACAUAAACUGUACAUCAAAUGAAGAGACCAUGAUAGGUGUUUAAAACACAAGCGACACGUCAGACAACGUCAUUAUUAACUCUUUGUUGCAUUUAAUAUGUUAGACCCAGUUAUACCCAGACACAAUAUAUAUGAGAAAGUUAUAAUUAACAUGUUUCAAUGAAGAGUUUUAGACAUUACGAAUUAUCUGGAUGAAUAAAAUAAUAAUAAUUAAUUGUAUUAUUGAGUUAUAUCGUGUGACUAAAGCAAACAGUUUAUACGCCAAAACAUCAGAUUUUUAGGAAGCAUAUGCCUUUUUGCUUUUAGUCACGCGAUAUGUACUACUAAAGCAGACUAAAAUAAAAAUCCUUGCUUCCUGGUCUUCAACGGGUGAAGAACGACCUCGAGCAUUGUAAUUUUCUCAUGAGAUCUUCGAUCAAGAAAAUUAACUAAGAAAUAUAACAAAUUGCUGAAAAUAUGUUUGUCUUGGUAGUUUUUUUUUUAUAUACCGAAGGAAUAAUGCUGUAAUAUAUUUGACGUAUAUGUAUGUCUAAUGCUAUAAUAUAUUAUGGAAUGCGCGUUUCUGUAUUAUGCAACAAGGGGUUAAGCAUACGACUAGCAAUC